UCUUACAUUCUUUCCGUUUUAAGACAAACAAAACAGACAUGUUGAACACCCCAGAAAGCCAUGCCCCCUUCGCUAAUGUGAAAUAAAACCAGUCGGUGUAUGUUAAACUUUAACUAACCUGAAACAAGUAUAUAGUUAUCAUGUAUUAACUAUAAUUGAAGGGGAACUUUGAGCUGUUAUUUUUGUAUGUUCACUGUUGAGAUGAACUGAGACAGUAGAAUGAUGAGAAACUGGAUUCUCAGUAAAGAUGUAAAAUUAUUGAUAGUAUUGAGUCACUAUCAAUAUUCUCCUCCCUUUUUUCACUCCAUCUUUAAUUGUUUGCUAUAUUGUGUUCUGGACAAAGUACACCAACCGCUUUCCUCGUCAGCACAGUCAAAGCCACCGUGCUAGCAUCACCACAUCAUGGGAGGAAAGAAGAAACAGCGUCAUGGUGAUGCAAGCACGCCAUUGUGGCCUUUAGGUCAGGGACGCGGGGACAGUAGAACUGUGUUGGUUGUGUAGGCGGCAUACCUCCAAGCUCAGACACCUCAUUCACGUCAGAAUAAUAACCCGAUCCUGUGUUGACGCUUGAUAUGCGAAAUCUGCCGUCAUGUUGCUGCUUGGUCCCCCCCCCUCUCCCCCCUCUCCUCCCUCUCUCUCUCUCUCUCUCUCUCGUACGCGCACACACACUCUACUCUAAGGUACCGCCUGCCUCCAGACCUGAGAGCUCACACACCUGUUCUCUCUCUUGCGCCCUCGUUCACGCUCCCAUUCUCUCGCAUACACAUUCAAAUGCACUCGGGCUCAUUUAGCCACCACUUCUUGACUCUUCAGUUCUUUUGAUCUGGUGUAUUGGAUAACACUCGGCCUUUUCGCUAUAGUGAGAGAUCCCUUUGAACCAAACCUGUUAGAGGACCGAGAGAUCUGCAGAAAACGAGUGCCAGGCAGACCGAGAGAGAGGAGUCAUUAAGGAUUCUCUCUGUUCAGGAGACCGAUUGAAGGCCCAGAGAAGAGCGCACAAAGCAUGCCGGGGCGAUAAAUGCCAUCCCAGGGGUGCACAGCAUUAGGAACCAGAGCUUAGGUGUGCUACCGGUGGAGUGUGUGUACUCCAAUCAAGAGGGUUGCACAUGCCAUUUCCAACUUGCAUAUUUUUAUUUCAUGUACACCAUGCUGAUAAAUUUGGGCAUGGUGUAAUUAGUUUCCGUAAAAGGUCCACCAGAUUUAGAUGGAGAUCAAUGCUCUUCACAUAAACUAAAACAGAGUAAACCAACAUAUAGUCUUUCAAGUACAUUGCCCAGCUGAACUUGUUGAUUUAUUUAUAAAAUCCUUAGUUAACUAAUUAAAUUUGUCCUGCAAAGGUAAAAGUAUGAGCAACUCCUGUAUCUCAAGCUUCAGCUAAAUGUCAAGCCAUUUCGCUCCUCAAAGCAGUUUAGUGUCUGUCUCUCUUUAUUAAAAAUGUCUCCAAACUACUUAAGUCUAUGUACACAGUGUGCUGAGAAACAUUUACAAUUACAAUUUGAGCUUACAUUUAAAAGCUUGAACGUUCUGUCUCCAGCAAAAAUGUAGCUCUCAUUUUAUGCAACUAAAAUGCGACAGACUUUGGAGUUGCACGUUUAGAUUUGAGGACAAGGUCAUAAGCACAAUAGCCUGCAUCAGCAAGCCAAAGGAGAAGUUUAAUCCUUUCAAUAACUCAGCAUGUUUUCUUCCCCAAUUUUGCUCUUAGCAAAUGCAGUCUGAUCAUGCCUGGCACAAUCUAAAAGGGUGAAGGAUAGAUCAGGGCCUUGCAUUCUACCCACCUAUUUUUUUCCCAUUCUUUGUUUUUUUUUUUUGUUUUUGUUUUUUUGUUUUUUUUAAAGAAAAGUUAAGGCAGAACUUUCACAUCGUGACUUCAGUUUCGAUAUUGAAGAGAAAAAAAAUAUAUAACCUUGGGUUGAUUGUGUAAUCUAGAGUCUUAUGUAAAGAGGUUAAAUAAACGAGAGAGCUUGUGUCUUUGACAUACUAUUUUGAUGUGGCACCAUGGUUAUUGAAACAUUUUUACGUCAUUUAGUGCUGGUUUAGGAGGAACAAACUAUGGAGAUACAGCUAGCAUGCUUAUUUAAGGAAAAUUCCGAUCCAGAACAAUGACAUCUAGCAAUAAAUUAAAACUAUAAUCUAUUUUGCAUGGUUUAAUAGUCAAGUACAUACUACCAUACAGCAUAAAGAUUAGAACUACAUGCCUGACUAUCUGAACUGUCUUCCACUGGCAGCUCUCCAAAGCUCAGGCACCCUCCAACUUGUCCAUGAGUCCUUAAAUGAUAGAGCCAUCUGCCUGUCUGAAGCAGCAAGAGGUCAUGGAGGACUCCACAGAGGUGUGGACCGACGGCAACUCCCUUUUAAAGGCUGUUUAUCUUUGUCGUUUGCGGCUGACACGUCUGCUCCUGGAAGGUGGGGCUUAUAUUAAUGAGAGCAAUGAGCGUGGAGAGACACCACUGAUGAUUGCCUGCAAGACUCACCACAGUGAUGCUCAGAGUGUGCCCAAACACAAGAUAGUCAGGUAUCUGCUGGACAAUGGUGCUGACCCAAAUAUUCAGGACAAAUCGGGUAAGACGGCUCUAAUGCAUGCUUGUGUGGAGCGAUCUGGGGAGGAGGUUUUGUCCCAGCUGCUGUCCAGUGGAGCUGACUUGAGUUUAGAAGACCACUCCGGUUCCUCUGCACUAGUGUAUGCUGUUAAUGCUGGUGACAAGGAAGCUCUGCGAGUGUUACUAGAUGCCUUUAAGGCCAAAGGCAAGGAGGUCAUAAUUAUUACCACAGAUAAACUCCCCUCUGGCAGACUAAUGACCAAACAGUAUCUGAAUGUCCCUCCACCACCAGAUUUGGACGAUAGGUUACAUUGUGUCCCUACUGUCUGCAUGUCACCCUCUGAAAUUAAACUCUCUCCUUCUCAUGUCUCCUCUGAUUCAAGCCAGUCACAAAAUGCCUUUUUACACCUGGCAGAAAACCAAGCAGUCGGUUCUACCCCUGCAACCACAACUAAUUCAAGGGGAGGGUCACCUGCACGGGACCCAAGUCCAUUGCGAGCAGCCGGUGUAGCCAAGCUUCUUCACCUUCAAAGGCUACACUCUGAGCCAUGGCUAAAGAUCCCACCAUCUCUGUUGCUACAGCAAAGCAAGGCCUUGUCCUUCACAGAGGAGCUCCUAGAUAUCACCCCAGAAGAAGAGCUCUCUUUUGGCUUUAACAGUCAUCAUCGUUUGUCUCAAAGAGCACCACCAGUUGCACGUCAUCAAAGCAUGGAUGCCACCGGUCUGCUCAGAGCCUUGGAUAAAGCAACUGAAGCAGAGAAAGAACAAAAGAAGGAGGCAAAGUGGCUAAGCAGGAAAAUGUCCUAUGAUGGUGUUUCACUGCCACAUUCCUCCUCACACCAGAACCUACUUAAAGAAGCCUCCGGCAGCGAGACCGUUCCUACGGAUAAAGACCCAGACUGCCUGCCCAACCUGGCUGUGUCCAGCCUGAAGGAUGUAGUCCGCCGCCGCAACAUUGGGAUGGACCACUACAGCUCAGACUCCCAACUUCCUCAGUUUGGGAGUCAGCACUCAGAUGAGCUUGGCAAAGCCGUCACAGUGGGUGGAACAGAAAAGCGUAAGCUAGUUUACAGCCGAUCCUCCACCCUGUCUGGCUCAAGGGAGUCUCUGGAAAGCAUAGUCCAAAGGAGAAGCCCAGCGAUGAUGGAGCGCAGAGGGUCUGGGGCUCUUCUGCUGGAUCAUAUCGCACACACUCGGCCAGGCUACCUGCCACCACUAAACCCACAUGCACCCAUUCCAGAUAUCAAAGUUAACAUCACCAGCACUGGCGCUGAUCGGGGAAUAAAACCUGGUCCUGGCAAUGUAACCAUACCCAUUGCUCCUGGUCAAAGGCAUUUUGUUCCCUGUGCCCCUAGCCUUCCCCGAGACCAUAAGACAAAAAAGACUCUACUGAGACGACACUCCAUGCAAACGGAGCAGAUUAACCGUCUGGCCAACUUUGGGGAGAUUUGUGGACAAUAAAGUGCAUUAAUGUACAUUUGCACAGUGCUGUAUCCGAUAUCAAGUCAGUGCUCACAUGAAGGAAAUAGUGUGUGAAUAUUUAUUAUUAAUCAGCCAUUGGACAAAUUUUGUUAUAUGUUCACUGUUAAUCAUAAAGGAGAAAAAGAACAGCUAAAAAAUAAAUUCUCUGACACUGAAAAUUAAAAAGCCGCUAAUAAACAGUAAAUAUACACUUUUACCACAUUACUUUAAUAGAGAGUAACUCCUAGCUCUGUUCUAACUGUGACAUGGUGUACCCAGGUAAGCUUUUAAACUUUGAAAUCUGAUUCUCUAAGAGAUCGUAGUAGAUUCUGGACUUGCUGACGCUUUGCCUGUAGGGUAACAGAUGCUCCACAUUCAGCACAUCACUCUGGCCUGUCCAUAUGGUCAGAGUGUAUCUGAAAGAGAGAGAUGGACACUAAGUGGAAAAUAUUUUCGUGAGAUGAAGCAUAGAUUAAUACCCCAAAUCCAGUGGAGUGCAUAUUGGGAUCAGCAACAUCAAAUCAUCAUUGUUAGAAUACUGGAUAUGGGUAAGUACUGUAACUAAGGCAACCACAGUAUUUAAUUUCAAACCCUAGUGCUUUUGCCUACUUGGUUGAUUACAGACUGAAUUAACCACGUCAUGACUCAAUUCAAGGUAUUCUUGAAAUGGUACCAAACGAAUCAAAUUCUGAGCACCCAGAAGGUUUCAUUAUACAUUUGCCAGAAGAUGAAAGUCCAGAUGUUUUUGUUUCUCGUUAUUUGGAAGGAACAUUCAUUCUAUGGGGCGUCCAUUGGAGUUUCCGAGUCAGGUUACUACACAAAUUGUAAGUGUUUAGAAGAAACGGGUCUGCAUUUUCCUUACCAUUGAAAAGAUGUCAAAAUUUACAUACAGCCAUUUAGAGGUACCAACAUUGCUAACAAGAAAGUCCCACUGACAAGACUUUGAUAAACACAUCAGUGUGUCUACUUGCUGUAUUGGGCUGACAAAUAUUUCAUGUGCUACCGCGGUGAAAGACGGCAUUAAGUUGCACCUCUAGUGCACCAGACCUCUGAAGUGCACUAGACCUAGAAAAGGAAGAUCACCUUCUCAAUGUGAUCCCUCUCCCCACUUUUCCAGUGCACCUUUCAGCUCAGUUGAGUGCUUCUAUUCUGGUGACAAACAAGUAUACCUGGGGGGCCAAGCACCAAAUUACACCAAUUGUGUGGCAACGGCAUUCUGAUGAACUGUUUUUGUUCCACAACAUGAAUCCAAUCAAACAGGCAAUCAACAGUUCAGUACUAACAAGUACUUAAGAAGCAAACAGGCUGCAGCACAGCCUUAACGGUCUUUGGUAUACUGAAUACUGAUGGGCUGCUGAGACUGACAUAGAAAUGAAAAGUCCCACCUGUCCGACUGCUGCAAGAGCCACUGGAAUUGAACGAAGGACUGGGAUAAAAGAGCUGCUCGCACUGGGAAUGUCACAGGCUGUGUCAGGUUCUUACACAUUGCCUCCAUCUGCUGAACCAUCUCCCAGCUGUAACCUUAGAUCCAAUACAGGAUACAAAAACAGAAUCAUGGUCAAGUGCAACAUCAAUUAGUAUUAAAAACUGAGUCAAUCAAGAACUCCUUUGGCCUCCUCAAGAUUCCUCCUAUAAUUGUUGCAUUAAUCAGAAAACAGGAUAUGGGAACACCACAAAGUUAAAUGGGCCAUUUUCCAACUAAUAUUAAAAGAAUGAUUUCAUCCAAUAGACCUUCAAACACCAUCAUAAUUGUAGAUUUUAUAUAUAAUAUGCACCAAGUCAAUACAUAUUGAUGUCUAUGCAAGAAGAACUGCCACCCAGAACAAAGGCAUGUUUUACCCGGGUUGUCUAUAUUUGGAGACCAUCCAGUGGUCCAGCCCAAAGAAAGCACGUCUCCCUCUGCUUUCAUAGCCACUGCUUGUAAAAAGCCCUGUGCAUCUAAAGGUGUGGCCAUGCCUCCAGG